AUGGGAGCCCAGCAAUCUACGACUGAAGCUGACAAUGACCUCAACACCGAGGAUCAGAUUCUCAACAAGUAUCAGAAACAAACUCUCAAGUGCUCCUGGCGUCACAUGAGCAAAGGAGGUGAGAGCAGUUGUGGAGCAACUAUUAUGCGUAGGUUCCUUAAUAAGGAUGAAAACCUGAAGGCAGUUUUUCAAACAUCAGCUUUAAUUUCUGAAAGCAAUAGCCAUCAUGAUACAAACAAACAUCGUGAAGAUAUAGUUCAAUUACUUCAUACAGUAAUUUCAAAUAUGGAUAGUCCUUCUCAGAUAUCAGAAAUAUGUAUGAAAAUCGGCAGAGAUCACCAUAAAUACAAAAGAAUGGGUUUGAAAAUCGACCAUUGGGAUUAUUUCGGAGAGUCAAUAACUGAAACUAUCAGAGAAUACGACGGCUGGAAGAAGCAUAGAGAAAGUUUGAGAGCUGCUAAUGUUUUAGUCUCCUUCAUGAUAGAUCGUAUGAGAGCCGGGUUUAGCCAGAGCGAUGCACGCACUAAUCUCACUAGAACUAAAAGUGCUAGAGAUCGACAUACUACAACUGGCAAAGGAGGAUCGAAAAAGAAGUUAGAAAGAAAUCAGAGCUGUCCUAUUAAAGGAGAUCGCAAGAAAGUUGAAGACGGACAGAAUAAGGCAAGAAGAGUAUUGCCCAUCCCACCGCAAUGA